AUGUGCAUGUUACUCAGUCUCACUUUCUGUGUAAGAGCCGCCGCCGAGGCGGCCGCGGGGCCCGAGCGGCGCUGGCCGUUAGGGCAGCUCGGGGCCCCGCCACCCGUGAGGAAACAGCCUUACCGCCGAGCCAGGGCCCUGCCGCCGCCCGGCGAGCGCCCCGGGCCGAGCCGCGCCGCGCCGAGCCGAGCCGGCAGGUCGCCAGGGGUGGGGCCGAGGUGUGCCGGGGCGGGCCGGCGGGGGGGGCCGUUACCGGCGAGGGGCGGGGCCGAGGUGUGCCGGGGCGGGGCCUGCGGGCCGUUACCGGGCGCCCCCAGACCCCGUCAGCCAGGGCGCUGCCGGCCGGGGCGCCCAGGCGUGACGGCGGGAACGAUCCCCCGCGGGCCCGGCCGGCCUCCGCCGGCUCCCCCUGUCAGGCCUGGUCUGCGCCUCCUGUCAGGCCUCCGGCCCGCCCAGGGGAGCGGCAAGGGGCAGAGUUGCCCCGGCCUCUCCUCAGCCUUCCCGCCGGCGAGCCUGGCUGUGGCCCUGGCGAAGCCUUUCCCCGGUUCUCCGACCUUGCUCCUGGGCUUCGGGCGUUGCGGUCGUCUUCACCUGCGGCUCCCCUGGGUUAAGCGCGCCCUGCCGUCUUCCAGCCAGAAGUCAACUCCCGCCCUCCGGGAAGAGUUUCUUACCCUCCGUGGCCAUCCUGUGGCAGCCUGCAGCUCUGAGGAUAUCCGCCCAGUUCAGCGAGACAGUGAUUCAGCCCCAAAGCGUCUGACACUUGUUGGGAUAGCGUCAUCAUCCUACGGUGCAGAAAAGGCUACAAACAGACUGCACAAAGGCUGAGAUGCUCCUUUCCAUACCACGCUUUGCAUCCGGGGGGGAAGGGGUGCGUGGGUUUUGGAAACCUGCCUCUGCCCUGCCGAGUUCAAGCCAUCUUGGCAGUAGUGUGAGUGGAGCGGUGGGAGAACUGGUAAGCAUCAGAAGCUGCCCCAGACCUUAGAAACCUCAGUGUAGGAACAGAAGAAACUGUAGUGCCUUCUUCCCAGAGUAACAUCAGUAACUUUAUUAAGGACUUGCCACAUAACGGUGUUGUUUUAUUUCUCUCUCCAGCACACCUUAUAACCCACCUUGGGAAAACCAGUUGCUAACCCUGAGUCCCUGCAGAGGAAGCAAUCAGCUGCACCAUCUGCUGGUUGUACCUGCUGCUGCCUCCGCUCUCAGGAAAACGCAGAUGAAAACCCACAGAAUCACCCCAAGAAAAAUACACACUGGUGUGUUUUGGGCAGGUUUUCAAAUCAGAAGCAGUCAGCAUGAGGUACAGCCACCCUGCAGGGUGGUUUUCACCUGUUCUCCUCUGAAUUUACUUCUCUUGACUCAGCCCAGCUGAGUGUGAGUGUGACAGCUGCUGGUGAGAUCCCUAAUUCGUGUUUUGAAUGACACCCUCUCAUAGACUGACUAGUUUAAGUUAAAAGCAUUACCACAGUUGGAUUAAGGGUUUUCCCCUCUGAAGUAUAUUGGGGACAAAAUUCAUGUUAUCUGUUUGGGGGAUAAGUCUUAGGAUUUUGUCUGACAUAUACCAGGCCUUGGCUUUUAUCCCAUAAUUACUAUAUUAAAUCAAUAAUUUCUUUUUGAACUAUCACUUUUAUUUUUGAAAAAUAACCCAGUCUUCAUUUAAAAGGUAAAUAUGCCAACAGCUUCACAUAUGGACUAUAAGUUUAUAUUUAGACCCUUAAAUGUAUGCAUCUGCUAGAGCAGAGCCUCACUACUCAAAAAUUCACCAAUGCAAACAACUGAAUUGACUGAACACUCAUUUGCAGCUGCUAUUGCUGCCCCUGCCUUCAUUCCUGCUGGAAAAUUGAGUUUAAUACACAUACUCUAGAAUUACUCUUUUUUUCAUUUUGUCCUUUGGAAAAAUACCAAUUUGCAAUGAAAAAACUCAACAGAAUAACUGAAAAGUAUUUACUUGCAGAGCAAAUCAGCACCACACUGCUGUAAUAUGAGUUUUUAUUUGUUUGUGAAAGAUCUGGUCCUGAAUUAUUGAAUUGUGUGGUUCCCCUGUAAAUGACUAGGGUGAUAUGGAUGGCUUUUUUCUUCAUUUUCUCUACUGGAAAAAAAUACAAACAAG